GCGCACGCGCGCGACGCUCUUGCCGGUCCCUCUCCGCCGCCUCCUUCUACUCCGCCGCCGCUGCCGCUGUCAUGGCGGCCUGAGGUGCGGCACGGGCGGAGGAAGCGAGCGAGGAGGAGGGAAGGGAGCGCGCCGGGCUGCCAGGUAAAAGCGUCUAGAAUGGCAGGGGAACAGAAACCGUCCUGUAAUCUCCUUGAGCAGUUUAUUUUAUUAGCCAAAGGCACCAGUGGAUCAGCUCUGACUGCCCUCAUCAGCCAAGUGCUCGAGGCCCCUGGGGUUUAUGUCUUUGGUGAGCUGCUGGAAUUAACAAAUGUGCAAGAGCUUGCCGAAGGUCCCAAUGCUGCUUAUUUUCAGCUGCUGAAUCUCUUUGCCUAUGGAACAUACCCGGACUAUGUAGCAAACAAGACUAACCUGCCAGAGCUAACAGGGGCCCAGAAGAACAAGUUAAAGCACUUAACUAUUGUCAGCUUAGCUUCCAGAAUGAAGUGUAUUCCUUACUCGGUGUUACUGAAUGACCUGGAGAUGCGGAACCUGCGGGAGCUGGAAGACCUGAUCAUCGAAGCCGUUUACACCGACAUCAUCCAGGGGAAGCUGGACCAGCGCAACCAGAUGCUGGAAGUGGACUUCUGCAUUGGCAGGGACAUCCAGAGGAAGGACAUCAGCAACAUCAUCAAAACACUCCACGAAUGGUGUGAUGGGUGCGAAGCAGUUCUGUUAGGAAUUGAGCAGCAGGUGCUUAGAGCCAACCAAUACAAAGAGAACCACAACCGAACCCAGCAGCAGGUAGAGACAGAGGUCACAAACAUAAAGAAGACGCUGAAAGCCACAGCCUCCUCCUCGGCCCAGGAGAUGGAGCAGCAGCUGGCGGAACGGGAGUGCCCCCCGCACACGGAGCAGAGGCCGCCCACCAAGAAGAUGUCCAAGGUCAAAGGGCUGGUCUCCAGCCGCCACUGAUGCCUGCACGGCGGCAGCAGGGCGUUCCAGGGCCCCUGAGCGACUCUGGCUCCUCUUUCCAGCAGCAGCUUGUGAGCCGAUCUGGGUUCUUUCAGGCUGCGGGG